CGGCGGGCGGAAGAUGGCGGUGGCGGCGUCUGCGAAGAGGCGCUGCUGAGGGGGCGCGAGGGGGACGGAGGCCGGAGCCGCGGCAGUACCUGACAGCAGCCAUGGCAAGUGGCAGUGGGGACAGUGUCACCCGCCGGAGCGUGGCAUCACAGUUUUUCACGCAAGAGGAGGGGCCAGCCAUUGAUGGCAUGACCACCUCAGAGAGGGUGGUGGAUCUCCUGAACCAGGCAGCGCUGAUCACCAACGACUCAAAGAUCACAGUACUCAAGCAGGUCCAGGAGCUGAUCAUCAACAAAGACCCCACACUACUGGACAACUUCCUGGAUGAGAUCAUCGCUUUCCAAGCAGACAAGUCGAUUGAAGUGCGAAAAUUUGUCAUUGGCUUCAUCGAGGAAGCAUGCAAACGAGACAUUGAGUUACUGCUGAAACUGAUUGCAAACCUCAACAUGCUCUUGAGGGACGAGAAUGUGAAUGUGGUGAAGAAGGCCAUCCUCACCAUGACCCAGCUCUACAAAGUAGCCCUGCAGUGGAUGGUGAAGUCACGGGUCAUCAGUGAUCUCCAGGAAGCCUGUUGGGACAUGGUGUCUGCCAUGGCUGGGGACAUCAUCUUACUGUUAGAUUCUGACAAUGAUGGAAUACGAACCCACGCCAUCAAAUUUGUCGAGGGCCUCAUUGUCACCCUGUCACCCCGCGUGGCUGACUCAGAGGUACCCCGACGCCAGGAGCAUGACAUCAGCCUGGACCGCAUCCCUCGAGACCACCCCUACAUCCAAUACAAUGUGCUGUGGGAAGAGGGCAAGGCAGCUUUGGAGCAGCUGCUCAAGUUCAUGGUGCACCCUGCCAUCUCCUCCAUCAACCUGACCACAGCACUGGGCUCCCUCGCCAAUAUCGCCCGUCAAAGACCCAUGUUCAUGUCUGAGGUGAUCCAGGCCUAUGAAACCCUGCAUGCCAACCUCCCGCCAACACUGGCCAAAUCGCAGGUGAGCAGUGUACGCAAGAACCUCAAGUUGCACCUGUUGAGUGUGCUCAAGCACCCAGCCUCUUUGGAGUUCCAGGCCCAAAUCACCACCCUGUUGGUGGACCUGGGCACACCUCAGGCUGAGAUUGCCCGAAAUAUGCCCAGCAGCAAGGAUGCCCGCAAGCGGCCCCGAGAUGACUCAGAUUCCACACUCAAGAAGAUGAAGUUGGAGCCCAACCUGGGGGAAGAUGAUGAAGACAAGGACUUGGAGCCUGGUCCAUCAGGGACCUCAAAGGCCUCCGCCCAGAUCUCAGGCCAGUCAGACACAGACAUCACAGCUGAGUUCCUGCAGCCUCUGCUGACGCCCGACAAUGUGGCCAAUCUGGUCCUCAUCAGCAUGGUAUACUUGCCUGAGACCAUGCCUGCCUCCUUCCAAGCCAUCUACACUCCUGUGGAGUCAGCAGGAACUGAAGCCCAAAUCAAGCACUUGGCUCGGCUCAUGGCCACACAGAUGACGGCUGCAGGACUGGGUCCAGGUGUGGAGCAGACCAAACAGUGUAAGGAGGAACCCAAGGAAGAGAAGGUGGUGAAGCCGGAGAGUGUCCUGAUCAAGAGGCGUCUGUCAGCCCAGGGCCAAGCCAUCUCUGUGGUGGGCUCUCUGAGCUCCAUGUCCCCAUUGGAAGAGGAGGUGCCCCAGGCCAAGAGGAGGCCAGAGCCCAUCAUCCCUGUUACACAGCCGCGGCUGGCAGGUGCCGGUGGGCGCAAGAAGAUCUUCCGUUUGAGUGACGUGCUGAAGCCCCUGACAGAUGCCCAGGUUGAAGCCAUGAAGCUGGGUGCUGUGAAGCGUAUCCUGCGGGCUGAGAAGGCUGUGGCCUGCAGCGGGGCAGCACAGGUGCGCAUCAAGAUCCUAGCCAGCCUGGUGACACAGUUUGACUCAGGUCUGAAGGCUGAGGUCCUGUCCUUCAUCCUGGAGGAUGUUCGGGCCCGGCUGGACCUGGCCUUUGCCUGGCUCUACCAGGAGUACAAUGCUUACCUGGCAGCGGGUCCCUCAGGCACCCUGGACAAGUACGAGGACUGCCUCAUCCGUCUGCUCUCUGGCCUGCAGGAGAAACCAGACCAGAAAGAUGGGAUCUUCACCAAGGUGGUUCUGGAGGCACCACUCAUCACCGAGAGUGCCCUGGAGGUGAUUCGCAAGUACUGUGAAGACGAGAGCCGCACCUAUCUGGGCAUGUCCACCCUUCGAGACCUGAUCUUCAAGCGCCCAUCCCGCCAGUUUCAGUACCUGCAUGUCCUCCUGGACCUCAGUUCCCACGAGAAGGACAAGGUGCGUUCCCAGGCCCUGCUGUUCAUCAAGCGCAUGUACGAGAAGGAGCAGCUGCGGGAGUAUGUGGAGAAGUUUGCCCUCAACUACCUGCAGCUCUUGGUCCACCCCAACCCACCCUCUGUGCUGUUUGGAGCUGACAAGGACACAGAGGUGGCUGCGCCCUGGACUGAGGAGACAGUGAAGCAAUGUCUGUACCUCUACCUGGCCCUCCUGCCUCAGAACCACAAGCUGAUCCACGAGCUGGCCGCUGUGUACACCGAGGCCAUCGCUGACAUCAAGCGGACCGUGCUGAGGGUCAUUGAGCAGCCGAUUCGAGGAAUGGGCAUGAACUCACCAGAGCUGCUCCUGCUGGUGGAAAACUGCCCCAAGGGGGCAGAGACACUAGUCACUCGAUGUCUGCACAGCCUCACAGAUAAAGUGCCACCCUCCCCGGAGCUGGUGAAGCGGGUCCGGGACCUCUACCACAAGCGGCUGCCCGAUGUCCGCUUCCUCAUCCCAGUGCUUAAUGGGCUGGAGAAGAAGGAGGUGAUCCAGGCUCUGCCCAAGCUCAUCAAACUCAACCCCAUCGUGGUGAAAGAAGUCUUCAACCGCCUGCUGGGCACCCAGCACGGUGAAGGGAACUCUGCCUUGUCCCCCCUGAACCCUGGAGAGCUCCUGAUUGCAUUACACAACAUCGACUCGGUGAAGUGCGACAUGAAAUCCAUCAUCAAAGCUACACCCCCUCCUCUCCUCAACCCCUUUGAAGUACUGAGCAAAGUUCCGGCCUGUUCCCAAGGGCAACAUGUUCGGAUAGAUUGCGUACAGUUUGAGGGGAUCAACAAACUCCAUCAUACCCACUAAGACUGUCCUUGGACCUGGAGCAGAAGCCCUGACCGGCCUAGGGUCGAGAAACCAUGGCCCAGGGAGGAAAAGGGCCUUGCCAACAGUCAUGCAGGUGGCCAGCAGCCAGGGCCCUGAAAGCUUCAUCAGGGCCUGCCCCUCUCCACACACCCCUUUUUCUUGCCGGGCUCUCGGCUGCACACGACCACCAUUCCUGCUGAAUCCUUGUACCCAGUCCACCAGCCCACCCAGCCCAGCCCGGCCCAGAGCAUACUUCUUGCUUAGGCCCUGGUAGUCCUGGCUGCACUAGCACCAGCACCACAAGACCCAAACUGAGAAGUCCGGUCUUCACCUGUGACUUUGGAGCCAGUGCCCCUGCCGUUCAGCCCCCACCACACAUAUACACACACUGGCAUCUAAUGAAUAGCAGUGGGAAGAAAAGGUCAUGGCCCAGGAAUGGUCAUUAGACUCCUUGAAUGCCCCAUUGGCGGGGGUGGGUACUGGGGAUGGAACCCAAGGCCUCAUGCAUACUCAGCAAGUGCUCCCCCACUUCUAACUAGACCCACCUAGCACUUGGCUCAGCCCUAUUCUGGCUGAUGCUGGGAUCAUGCAGAGAUGGUGUCAGACCCAGUCCUGUCCUUCCAGGUUCAGAGUCCAGAGAGGGAGACACUUUGCUGGGACAAUCUCAGCUCAGAGGACAGGGCUCUGAUAGAGCAGCCAGGAGGACCUGUCUGACCUAGCCUGGCUGAGGGACUUGGUAGUAGCCCAAGGAGAGCAGGAAGGCUAAGUAGGGGUGAAGUGGUCCAGGGCUGCACCAGCCAGAGCCAGGUGGAGGCCAGGAUGGCUGCCCACAUGGAGUCCUAUAGGCCCCAGUGGUGAUUUGUCCUUGAUCUCUCUUGGUCCUCUUGGGGAAAGAGGGUCAGGUUUGAGCUUGUGGGAGACCCCUUAGGCUCCUAUGUGGAGAGCAUAUUAGAGGCUGAGCGGGCAGCCCUGGAGGAGGCUGGGCUAGGGAAGGGGGUUAGCUCUGGAGGCCUCUAGGCAGCAGACCAGGCUGGACCCAUGGCCUCUGGUCAUGAGAACGAGGAAUAGGUGCCUCCUCAGUUUCCGGCAGGUCCUCAGGUUGCACUCUCCUCUGUCC